GGAUGCGAGGCUGCGCCCGCACUCAAGAUGGCAGCCCGCCUCCAGUGUCGCAGACGGGCUUUGAAGCCACAGAGGUGCUGGUUAAGAUGGCGGCUCCUUACUUGCCGCCUACGCGGAGCUUGCCCUCGGCCAACAUGGCUGCCGCGCCCCUAUUACUUCUGACGGCAGUGAAGCCUGUUUGCCCUCAGUUAAGAUGGUGGUACUCAGCAGGCGGCGGAGGGUGGUGGCGAGGCUGCUGUGAUGCACCCUGAUGGUAAACAGCAUCUGUUUUCCAUUUGGAAACAAAUGUACAGGUUGAAUAAUCAGCUCCUGACAUGACUUCUCUUCAGAACUCAAUUUUUUUGCCUAUACUUCUAAUCUGACACUUCGCCAGAGGGACUUUUGAGAGUUUCUCAGUAUUAUUUUUACCAGAUAAACAGAGGUCAUAGUCAUCAUUGCUGUUAUGUCCUGGGUACAAGUUGCAGUCAGCCAAUCCAGUGAGGAUAUAUUUGAUGAAGAUGCAGAUGAGAUGUAUCUACUACAGAAAGAAUGGAACAGCACCAUGAAAAAAAGAUUAAAGGAAGGCUAUAGGGAUGGAAUUGAGGCUGCGAAAGAACUUGCACUCCAGGAAGGUUUUAAUCAAGGCUACAGACACGGUGCUGAGCUGAUGGUUACAUGUGGCCAGUUCAGAGGAACCCUGAAUGCUCUCUUAUCCUGGUGUCACUUUAAUGGAUGUGAUUCUGCUUUAAGUAAGAUAAAUAAUCUUCUUGAUGUGGUUGGAAAGCAUGAAGAAGAUGUGCUUAAGUAUCUGAAUUCUAUUGAACAGCCACAUGUCGGACACGUUUUAGAGUCUGUUCAGGACAUGGACCUUAAUCACACAGCUCCAGCUGGGACAGAGUACAAUGAAGUUAUAGCUGGAAAACAUGAAGAUGUUGGCAGCUUUGGUGAAAACACUUGUAGAAAUAAUGAUGAGGUUGGUUCCUUGCAGUCUGAGUGCAGCAAGGCAAAACUCUGCACAGAUCCUGAAAGGUCAACCCUUGCUUGGGUUAAAGAACAGACUAUUUGGCUAGUAGAGCAACUGGGCUUAUCACUGGAUAUACUCCAUCAUGUCCAGCAACUGGAACAUUAGUUUUUCUGUCUCGUGGUUUUUAAAAUUAUCUCAACUGGAUUUGAUUCUCAAUUUGUGGAUCAUGUGCAGGCUGAUGCAUGGCUGUGACUCUCUCUAGUCACUUUAUAAAAUACAGGAAUUUUUUGCCUUUUGUCAAAUUCAUCAUCUCAUCUUUUGUAACCAUUGUGCAGUGCACUUUCACAGUUAAAAAUUUUUUUUUUCCUCCUCAUACAGUUAUAUUUAUUUCACUUUUGCUGAAAACACACCAUUCUCUUCAAAUGCAGAAUUACUGACAAUUCCAUUGUUUUACUGUUAGACCAUCUACUCUUACCUUGUUAGACCACACUGAACAUGUUUCCAGUCUAAUGAACUUCCUUGUGUUAUUUUUGUAUUUAUUUUGCCAGUUGCUCUAGCCUGAACUCUCUCUCCCUCAUUCCCAUACUGUUUUUCCCAACCUUUCCCAGGUUUAUUCACCUUCUCGUAGAAACACAUUGUCAGCCACAGAUGUGUAUUUCUGACAACUCUGUAUUUGUGCCAACAUUCUAUAUUUGACUCCUUUUCCUGUUGCUUGCCUUAACUGUAGCUGCAAAUUGCUCUGGCCAGGAAGUCUUUUCUUUGUGAAUGCCUCUCUGCUUUACACUAAUUAAACUGAUUUACAGUAA